UUUAUUAUAUAUAUAUGAUAAGAACAUAUAGUCACACUAUUAACUUAAAAACUUAUUAUUCGUUAUGUCUGACACACUUGAUAAGUGUGUGAGCUGCAGUUAUUAUUAUUUACCACCAAUUUAUCAGUGUCCCAAAGGGCACAUAUUAUGCAAUCACUGCACGCAGGAUGAACAGUAUAUGGUAUCAACAUCUGCAUAUAAUUUGAGGAAAGCAAAAUUGAAAUCUAUAACAAAGCUGAAACUUUUUUGUGGAAAGUGUAUGAAUUUUUAUAACACCAAUGAAGAACUCAGAAAUGUAGAACUUGCAAUACAAACAGUCAAGUAUCCUUGUAUAUAUAAAAAUGAUGGAUGUGAUUUUGAGGACUCGUAUACAAAAAUCAAAAAUCAUAAUGAAACAUGUUCGUUCAUGGUAAUCAGUUGUUUUUGGCAAAACUGUUAUUGGACUGGUCGUCUUUUGGACAUGAAAGACCAUUUGAAAUCUCAUUCAACAAUGAAGAUUGGUUCCCAUGAAUCUUUAGUGAAUAAUUCAUGUUUCACUGUAUUUGUUGAUGAUAAUUUUUAUAUUGUGAAGAUUAUUCUAGCCAAAAAAUGCGCUCAAUUUUUUGUUGUUUAUCAUGGAGAAGCUGAAAAAUAUCGAUUCGAAAUAAAUAUGGGUGCUAAAUUCACCACUAACUAUCCAAUAACAUUAAUGAAGGUAAUUCCACUAUUGAAGAAGCCGAAAACUCAUGGAUUCAGCCCAGAGAUUUCAGAAGUAUUCACUGUUGACUUUGACUUUAUCGAACAGUUCAUUUUUAUUGAUAAAGAAAGAAUUUAUAAUGAAGUUCAGUAUAUGAUAAAUGUUUCAGAAAUAGAAAAACAAGCAAAUUUUUCUAGUUCUCCCGAAAAAAUUGCUAAAUAUAACUGAUGAAUUAAAACUUCUAUAUUGGAAAAACCAUAAUAAUUUUUGAUUUAUUCCACUAUAUCAAACAUACACUGGUUUUUGUCCAGUUUUUUUGUGCAAUCAAAUUUUUUUUUUAUUUUUUCACUCCUCAAUAAGCCUUUUUUAUAGCAGGCCAUUAAUUAUACUUUAUUUUAUUAU